AUGGCUUCCAUCAACGACCUCGCGACAGCCGCUAUAGCGAGCUCCUCGGGGCCCGAACCCACAGCCGGGACAUCCCCCGCCCCCGCCUCCACGGCAGCGAGGGGCGCAUUCAUCGUCCUCGAGGGGUUGGACCGAAGCGGCAAGACCACGCAGGUCAAGCUUCUGGAGCAGAGAUUCGUCGAGGAGGGGAACAAGGUCAAGGUCAUGAGAUUCCCGGACAGGUCCACGCCCAUUGGGCAAAUGAUUGAUAGCUAUCUCAAGAGUGAUGUCGAGAUGGACGACCAUGUCAUCCACCUCCUCUUCAGCGCAAACCGCUGGGAAGCAGUCAAACAAAUCCAAUCCCUCCUCGCAGCUGGAACAACCAUAGUUUGCGAUCGCUACUACCACUCGGGAAUCGUCUAUUCAGCAGCAAAGCAGAACCCCUCUCUGACUCUCCCCUGGGCACGUGCCCCAGAGCGUGGCCUCCCGCGGCCCGACCUUGUCCUCUUCCUCGACCUGACCGAGGAGCAGGCCCGGUCUCGCGGCGGCUGGGGGGGCGAGGUGUAUGAGAGGUCCGAGAUGCAGCGGCGAGUACGUGAGCUCUUCUGGGGUCUGAGCAUGGGCGGGAGAGAUGUCACGGCGCAAGGUCUGGGGCUGGAUGAGGGGGAGGGGUGGAAGCAGGAGGAGGAGGAUCUUGUGGUUGUGGACGCUGGUGGGAGCGUUGAGGAGGUGGCGGAGGAGGUAUGGAGAAAGGUCAAGGGGAGGGUUGAGCAGGUUGAGAGGGGGGAGGUU